UGCAGGAUCAGACUUCCUAUGUGCGACACACAUCAUUCCAGUGAAGAACGAAGAGGGUGUUGUCAUGAUGUUCAUCUUGAGCUUCGAUUACGUGCUGAAAGAGGGCAGCAUGGAUUCAUUAGACCGACUCAACCACACCUCACCAACCAGACAAGAACAAAAAAAAGGACGUUUCUUCCGUUUUCGUCUGCCUGCACCACUGAACAUGCUGGGAGUGAGUAAGCAAUCCCUCCCCCAGGAAGACCCGGAUGAGGUGACCAUCCAUUCGGCUGAUCAGAAUGAGAAAUGCUCUUCCUGCUCGUCAUCUGUCUCUCUUUCCCUUUCUCCACGUGAACUCCAUCCACCCACUGGUGAGAGCUGUAGCCCUUCCUAUGGAAACGACACCUGGGCUCUGAUUGGCCAGAAUUAUCUGGGGUCAUGCUCACCUAUCUCAGGGCCACAGGAUCACUCGUCUCCACGGGGCCCUUGGGAGCGGGUGGACCCACAGGAGCCUUUGCCGACUGCAUCUAGGAGAGCAUCACGGGCCAGUAUGUGCACGUUUAGGAGAGUAUCAUCUACACAAGAUUUAGAAGGACUCAGCACGCAGACACAGAGGACUUACCGUGAUCGCCAUGCUAGCGAAGAUAAUGGGCGUAGUAUUAAAGUGUCGCGCUCUUGGAUGGCUGGGGGUCCAUUUAAUCAGAUCAAGUCCAGCAUUUUGGGUUCCACAUCUGACUCAAACCUUACUAAGUACAGCACCAUCAACAAGAUCCCUCUCAUCACUCUAAACUUCUCAGAGACCAACAAUGACAAGCGGGCAUCAUCUCCGCAUUCCUCAGAGAAAACCAUCAUUGCACCAAAGGUCAAAGAUCGAACACACAAUGUCACAGAGAAGGUCACACAGGUGUUGUCGCUAGGCGCCGAUGUACUUCCAGAGUAUAAACUUCAGACGUCACGCAUCAACAAGUUCACCAUCCUACACUACAGCCCCUUUAAGGCAGUCUGGGAUUGGCUGAUUCUGCUGCUAGUCAUCUACACCGCUGUUUUCACACCCUACAGUGCGGCCUUCCUGCUCAAUGAUGUGGAGGAGCAGAAGAGACGAGAGUGUGGUUAUUCCUGCAGCCCAAUCAACGUGGUGGACCUCAUGGUGGACAUCAUGUUUAUCGUAGACAUUCUUAUAAAUUUCCGGACUACGUACGUUAACACCAAUGAAGAGGUGGUUAGUCAUCCGGCUAAGAUAGCAGUGCAUUACUUCAAGGGAUGGUUCUUCAUAGACAUGGUGGCAGCCAUACCUUUUGACCUGCUCAUAUUUGAGGGAGGAUCAGAAGAGACCACGACUCUGAUUGGCCUUCUAAAGACUGCCAGACUGCUCCGAUUGGUCCGUGUGGCACGGAAGCUGGAUCGUUACUCAGAGUAUGGGGCGGCUGUCCUAAUGCUCCUCAUGUGUAUCUUUGCACUGAUUGCUCAUUGGUUGGCUUGCAUAUGGUAUGCGAUUGGCAAUGUGGAGAAACACUAUCUGGAUCACACUAUCGGCUGGUUAGACAAUCUAGCCAUAUCUAUCGGCAAGCAGUACAACGGCACUGACCUCUCCUCAGGCCCCUCAAUCAAGGACAAGUAUGUGACAGCACUGUAUUUCACAUUCAGCAGUCUGACCAGCGUGGGUUUUGGAAACGUGUCACCAAAUACCAACUCAGAGAAGAUCUUCUCCAUCUGUGUCAUGCUCAUUGGCUCUCUGAUGUAUGCUAGUAUCUUUGGGAAUGUGUCUGCUAUAAUUCAGCGACUGUACUCAGGAACAGCUCGGUACCAUCUGCAGAUGCUUCGGGUCAAAGAAUUCAUUCGCUUCCACCAGAUCCCUAACCCGCUGAGGCAAAGACUGGAGGAGUACUUCCAACACGCAUGGACAUACACCAAUGGCAUUGACAUGAACAUGGUACUGAAGGGCUUUCCAGAGUGCCUGCAGGCUGAUAUCUGUCUUCAUCUGAAUGAAAGUUUGCUCCAGAGCUGCAAGGCUUUCCAUGGAGCGACCAAAGGAUGUCUACGAGCAUUAGCGAUGCGCUUUAAGACCACUCAUGCCCCGCCGGGUGACACGCUGGUGCAUUGUGGGGACGUUCUUACGGCCCUCUACUUUGUGGCCAGGGGAUCUAUCGAGAUCCUCAGAGACGAUAUAGUGAUGGCUAUCCUGGGUAAGAAUGAUAUUUUUGGAGAGAUGAUUCAUCUGUACGCCAAACCAGGAAAAGCCAAUGCAGAUGUUCGAGCGUUGAGCUACUGCGACCUCCACACCAUCCAGAGAGAGGAUCUGCUGGAGGUUCUGGACAUGUAUCCUGAAUUCUCAGACUACUUCCUGUCCAAUCUGGAGCUCACGUUUAACCUGCGUGAAGAAAACACCAAGGGAGCCACGGCUCCUCAGAGCAACCUUUACACUGAUGUGAGUGACUCAGACACAGAAGACCCUGAUGUCAGGACCAAACCCUGCUUUAAGAAGAACCGCUCCGCAGGUUCUCCUAACAGACUGAGCAGGACAGACAGAGAAAGGGGAAGAGAUCGAGAGGUUCACACAUUACCGGGAGAGGAGGAGAAGGAAGAGGAAGAGGAGGGUGAGGAAGAGAUGGCGAGGACUUUGAGUCAAUCCAUUCCUGUCAACCUGAACACCAUCCCUGACACAUACUCUAAAGAUUGCGUUGAAAACCAUCUGUUUCACAAAGAUGUGUGUGUUGAAGAAUGGCCUUGUGGGAAUGCAGAUGACUCAGCGAAAUCUCAGGACAGAAAAGGAGGAGACGACCGUGAAAGUGACAUCACAUUCGGCGAAAUGGAGCAAAGACUGGAUGUACUGCAGGAACACCUAAACAGGCUGGAAGAGCAGAUGACAUCAGACAUCCAGGCUAUUUUACAGUUGCUCCAGAGGCAGAGCACUCUGGGACCUCCAGCGUACAGUACUGUGUCCGUCGUUCCAGACUACCACAAACCCGUGCAGCCCGUCACUGCCAUGCAGAUGCAGAGUUCUGGUGAUCUAGAGAACGCCUGUAAAGCCAAAGACUCCAACGCCUGCUGUUACCACGGAGAUGAACUCUGACGUCAACACGGCCACUCCAUUGGUGACAGAGCCAGAGAGGGAGGAGGGUCUACACAGGCCCUCCUCUGAUCCUGGCCUUCCAGGGCAGUAAUAUAUGGUCAUGAAACAGAAUCUAAUAACAACAGAAUUCCCAGGGGCAUGUACAGUAAGACCAGUGUUUAAUCAUGAGGUUUGAGUUGUAAUAUUCUGAAUUUUGAAUAAGAAUGCCUCAUAGAGGAGUCAAACUUCUGUAUGCUAUUUAAGUAACUAUGCAUAGACAGAACAAAAUCUACAGUAAGCUCAACUUCCUCCCUUCAAAACAACAGCAGCUACAGCUAGACUCAGGGUAGAAAACACAAAACCGAAGAGUCAUAUGCAAAGAACUGACAAUGACCUUCCAUGUCCCUUAUAGUUACCUUAAAAGGAGUCAAACAAAAGCCGGUGAACAGAUGCAUUAAUGCAGUAUGAAUCAGUGUAAAGGCUGUUCAUUUUGUAAAUAUAUAAAUGAAACGGUGGUCAGGAAGUAACAUAUUGGACAUACAACCAUGUUAAUGAAAAAUGCAUGCUGGAAAAAAAUGCAGUGUUUUUUAUUUAUUUAUUUAUUUAUUUUUGCAUGUUUCUUAAAAAAACAUUUGCAUUGGUAAUCAAGUGACAUGAGCUUGGUUUUUGUCGUUAUAUCACUUAUUUGAGAUUUAUGUAUGUAUUUAUUUAACUAUGACUUUCCUGGUAUUCAGGAAGAAUCUUUUACUUGAACUGAACUCUGCAAAACAAAGCCUCAUCAUCAAACUGUCAUCAUCUCCAAAUAUCACAUUAUUCUGCCCAUAUCAGAUUUCCACAGGACAGUUACAUUCAGCAAUGACACGCUGUCCCUUCAGAGCCAACUAAACAUUGUAACAUUGUCAGUAUUGCAAUAUCAUAUCUCAGUAUUGAAUUUGACAGAACUUUGAUGGUCUAAAUAAGUCUCACCAUUUUUGGCCCUCAUGGUGGGUAAUUUAAACCUUCCACUUCACAAACAUUCGACUUUGGGGCUUUUAACACUUAAAGGGUCAUUUUUAACCCUGGGUAGAUAUUAUUUGCAUAUUUAUGAGGCAAAUUUUAUGAUAAAAACAAAUGCAGCCCAUAAAAUGUUGCCACAAUGAUCCACUCUGGUUGUCCAUUCAUGUUGCAGUUUGAGCUGUAUUACCAGGGUUCCCACACAUCCUGGAAAACCUAGAAAAUUGAUGACUAAUUUACCACUCCCGGAAAACACAUGCAAAAUGAGAGAAAAUGUAAAGUGUCCUGGCAAAUCUUGUUGUAGUCCUGGAAAAUUUUUAUUUAAAAAACAAAUAAAAAUGUAAAUGUGUUUUCGUUUAGCCAAGAACGAACAAAUUAUCACUGUCCCGAAACAAUUAUUGUUAGAAAACGUUCAAAUGUCCAUAAAUCGGAACCGGCCUGUUUUUGCUCCAAACGCACGAUCUGCUGCUGUUCCAUAAGCGCCACCUGCUGUCAGAGAGUGAAAUUGCGUCUCCUUCAGCCCAUCUGCUGUUUCUGUCUUGGGCAGAUAUGUUUUACGUAGUAUAAUGUCACAGUGCUAGUCAGAACAUUCUGGUUUUGCUUCAGAUUUUGACAUGACAUCUAAUUUAAAUCAGAAACUGCUCAUGUAUGUAGCAUCUUUGUUUGGAUCAUGAUUAAAGUGCAGUGUUUGCCUCUAAUUUUAAAUGACUACUGAGAGUUCGGCCUGUAAUAGAGCAUAAAACACAUUGUUCAUAUAGUCAUUCUAUCUUAUAUAUUGCUUUAAAAAAAAUUAAAUAAUAACAAAUCAGUUAUGGAGUCGGCCAUGAAAAAUCAAGAUUGGUGUAUAACUACUAUUUAUGAUUGGUUGUCUGUUGCCUUUGGAUUCUAGCAUUGUUAAAGCAAGGUUAAUGCCUGAUUUCAAGUCAAGUCAAAUUUGCUUUAUUGACAAUUUUUCCACAUGUACAGUACAUACAUACAGAUUUCAUGCAGAGUACACUUCAUGCAGUGCUGGUACAGUUGCUCAACCCAGGGUUAAAACUGGUCCUGUGAAAAGCCCUUUUGUGUUAUUUAUGCUUUUUUGUCCUCAUUUCUUUAUGCAAUUUACAGAUUCAUUUUAGAAGAUUCUUUAAUUCUGAAGCUGUAGCAGUGCUUAUCUGUAGAAAUAUAUCUGGAUAAUGUGAUCUGGAGGUGAAAGCACUAGGUUUUGUAGCAGCAGUCAUCCUUGGCCUUCCAGAUAAUAAAUCUAUGUUAACAGAACCCAUAAAAUGCAAACUUUUAGUCUUGCAGUAUAACAUGGCAUUGAGUUCAUGUGUAGGACUGCAUGUUUAACCAAAGUUAGUUAGUUGAAUUAAUCACUUAAUCCCAUUUAAUGAGAUGCAUUGAAACACACAGUCUUCCUAGUGUCAGCUAAAACAAAAAAACAAAACAAAAAAAAAGCAGAAAAAAAAUGUAUGCAUGUCUUAAUUUAGUAAUUUACUCAUAGAGCCACCAGAUUUAGAGCUUCUGAUGUGAAUGAAUCAAUCUGAUUGGUAGGCUGAAAUCUGGAGGCUGAGCAUUGUGACAUACCAGUGUAGGCGAGAGAGGCUUUAAAUCUUCAUCUGCCAUCACACAGAUAUGUCAUUGGGUGUCCUGUCUGGCUCGUGUGAGCGCUGUGAUCACGGCAUGCUUUGACCUAACAGUUUCCUUUGAGAUGGUCGAAGUCAUGUCUGGUGUUUCAGGAAGCUGGCCGGAGUGGGUUUGCCUUAGGGGUGUUUGCAGGACAUGGCCAGGACAUGUGCCCAGUGCGGGAAAAGAACAAGAGAGAGUUAUGAUACUAUUGCGAUCUUUUGCACAAACUCUUUUAAACAUAUUGUACAGUGUCACUUUUUAAAACUAGUGCUGUUCGCAAAAUUGUUUUUAUGCAUUUUUUUAAAUGUUUGACACUGUAUUUUAUACAAUGCAAGACAUAGCAGAUUAGAAUGUUUUCCUCCUUGGAUAUAUUGGUAUGUAUUUUAUUUAUGCUGUAUAUUGUCAAUAUAACAAGAGUCAACACACAACUGUGUAAAUUAAUAAAAGACAGAAUGCUUAAUUU